AUGUAUGCUCCUCGUGCAAAAUUCGAACGUAUUUAUGUUAUAUCACCAAUUAAAAUAGUUGUUAUUUUUUUAAUAUGUCUUCAUUGUCUUUGUUUAUUUAUUGCUUUUUUAACAUCAUUUUGGAUUAAAACAAAUGAUGGUUAUUAUGGACCAUUAUUUAGAUGUGAAAAAUAUUUCGAUUCAAAUAAUAAUUUAAUAAUAUCAAUAAAAACUAUAUGUCAUUUAAAUGGUUUUGUUUAUGAUAUUAGGAUUUUUUCAAUAACUUUAACAGCUAUAUUAAUUAUUCUUUCAAUUAUUCUUGCAUUUAUUUCAAUUCUUAUAGGAAGUUUAUCAUUUAUAAAAAAUUCAUUAACAAUUCGUUAUCGUUAUUGGUUAUAUACAAUUAUUUUACUUUUAUUUAUUUGUAUAAUUGAUUGGUUUAUAUUAAUUUUGAUUCCAUUAAAUUAUCAUCAACAAAUUUAUCAUCUUCAAUGGGCUUAUGUUAUUCAUUGUCUUGCAACUUUAUUUAUUUCUUUAUCAUUAAUUGCAGCUAUUUUACUACAUAAUACAGAUGAUAUUCAAUAUAUUGAAGGAAUUGAUGUAUCAACAAAUGAAAAAUAA